UGGCCGUUUCCUGCUUCUUCUGCCCAACUAGUGGCAGAGCUUUUCUCCUCUCUCUCCAGCGCUGUAGCUACGGCGAAACACGCACACACACACAUUCACACACUCUCAGCCUGGACAUCAGUGGCUUUACACGAACGAAGGCAGAAGCCAGCCACUGAGAAUAGCACGUCCACGGAACACAAAUCACAGCGAUGCGGAGGAAAUCGAGGAUAUUACUGUGUUUCGCCGUGCUCUGGGUGCUCGGAAUAGCAUAUUAUUUCUAUUCGGGAACAACGCUAAAUCGAAAGGAUGACUGGAGUGGGUUAAAUUCAAACAGAAUUCAAGCACCUGUCAACACAGACGACAGAGCCCAUAGCAUGGAAACGCUUCCUCCUGGAAGAACAGAAUCUACACACACUCAAGAGCACAAAGGCAAAGUGAGGUGGCAGGACUUUGACCAGGACCUGUACGUGGGAGCUACAGUGGUGAGGCCGGGACAGGAUCCCUACGCCCGAAACAAGUUCAACCAAGUGGAGAGCGACAAACUCAGAAUGGACCGUAGUGUCCCAGACACUAGACAUGACCACUGCCGUCAUAAGCAGUGGAGGACAGAUCUGCCAGCGUCCAGUGUGGUGAUCACAUUCCAUAAUGAAGCCCGCUCUGCUUUGUUGCGCACUGUGGUCAGCGUACUGAAGAAGAGUCCUCCCCACCUGGUCAAGGAGAUUAUCCUUGUGGACGACUACAGUGACAACCCUGAAGACGGGGCCUUACUCGGGAAAAUCGAGAAAGUCCGAGUCCUUCGGAAUGAUCGGCGAGAGGGUCUAAUGCGGUCUCGUGUCCGAGGGGCAGAUGCAGCCACAGCUACUGUCCUCACCUUCCUGGACAGCCACUGCGAGUGUAAUGAACACUGGCUGGAGCCUCUGCUGGAGAGGGUUGCCGAGGACAAGACACGUGUCGUCUCACCCAUCAUUGAUGUCAUUAACAUGGACAACUUCCAGUAUGUUGGAGCCUCUGCUGAUCUGAAAGGAGGUUUUGACUGGAAUCUGGUCUUUAAGUGGGACUACAUGACUCUGGAACAGAGAAGAGCACGACAAGGGAACCCUAUCGCCCCUAUCAAGACUCCUAUGAUCGCUGGGGGCCUCUUCGUCAUGGACAAAAGCUACUUUGAGGAGCUGGGAAAAUACGACAUGAUGAUGGAUGUGUGGGGUGGUGAAAAUCUCGAGAUCUCCUUCCGUGUGUGGCAGUGUGGGGGCAGUCUGGAGAUCAUUCCCUGCAGUCGAGUGGGACACGUCUUCAGGAAGCAGCAUCCGUACACCUUUCCUGGAGGCAGCGGCACAGUGUUCGCCAGGAACACCAGGCGAGCAGCAGAAGUCUGGAUGGAUGAUUUCAAGAAUUUUUACUAUGCCGCUGUGCCUUCUGCGCGGAACGUGCCCUACGGAAAUAUUCAGAGCAGGCUGGAAAUGAAGAAGAGGUUGGGCUGCAAGCCGUUCAAGUGGUACCUCGAGAAUGUCUACCCGGAGCUUCGGGUCCCUGACCACCAGGACAUUGCCUUUGGAGCUCUGCAGCAGGGAGGGAACUGUCUAGACACACUGGGGCACUUUGCUGAUGGUGUGGUGGGGGUCUAUGAGUGCCACAACGCAGGGGGCAACCAGGUAUCAUUCAGGGCGCAGGAAUGGGCCUUAACUAAAGACAAGUCUGUGAAGCACAUGGACCUGUGUCUGACUGUGGUGGACCGCACGGCGGGUUCCCAGAUCAAACUGCAGGGCUGCAGGGAAAACGACAGCAGACAGAAAUGGGAGCAGAUUGAAAAUAACUCUAAGCUGCGGCACGUGGGCAGUAACCUGUGUCUGGACAGCCGGAGCGCCCGCAGCGGGGGUCUGACGGUGGAGGUGUGCAGCCCCUCCCUCACCCAGCAGUGGAAGUUCACGCUCAACUUGCAGCCCUAGUCCUGUCUUCCCCCUUCCCCCCUGCCCUAUCCCUUCCCCAGGUCCCAGAGCAGCCCCUCCCCCCGAACUCGGGGGUCAGCGCACUGCUGUCUGAGGAACACUGCCCCAAACGCAGUCUGCCUGCUCACAGCCCCCAGGGGCCAUGGGGCCACGCUAACGGACGACAAAAACAAACACAAUGACUUUUUCCAUCCAACUAUAUACCUCACCGUUUCAUUUUUUUGGUCCAGCUAUUGGAAAGUGAAUCUAAACUUUAAUUUAAAAAAAAAAAAAACAACAAAAAGAGGUUUUCCUUCCUGUUUCUGACGCCAGCCAAAAGGAUCUGAUUUCUGUUGUUGCCGUUUUUUUUUCCUGAUUUACUUUUUUCAUGUUUCAUUUUUUUUCCAUCACUUUUUUCCUUUAAACAAAGGUGACUUACUCUGCUGUUCUUUUCGUUUCACGUAACCAAUAUUGUCGAAUGUAAGUGACUCCCCGAGGCUCCCUGCCCGCGCGCCGUGUGUCUGGAAUUCUAAUGAAGACCGUUUCACGUCAGCUUUCUUUGCUUUUUGUCUCUUCCGCAGGGAUGAGGGAGGACAUGCGUGUGCUGUACGUGUGCACUUUCACGCACACUUAAGACUGUGGAGAGUCUCCAGGCCUCGUUUUUUUUUUUUAAACUGUCUGUUGUACACAGUAAACAGUAUCCACACAAAAAAAUCAGAGGCCAGAUUUGUUUUCAGUUUUAUGUAUUUUUUUUCUAUAGUUUCUGUCAAAUUUUCAUUCGUCUGUCUUGCGUCUUGAAGGUGCAAUGUGUAAAGAUUUGAACUGCUUCCUCUUUGGGCCUCUGGAGCGUUUCGGAGGGGAACUGAGGUGUGGAACAGGGUGCUGCUGCUGGACCCCACACCUUGUAGCACUGGCUGCUACUAUUCAGCAUCUGCCCCCCAUUUGCUAACAGAGUUUUUCUGGUUGUCCUUCACUUUUUCCCCCCUUCAUGUAAUCAGACCAUUUUCCUGUCAUUGAGAUAUUCUAGUUCUAGCGAUACUUCAUAGUUUUUGAUAAUUGCAUUAUGUGGAAUAAUCAAGUCAACAUGGUAACUGUAACAGUUUUCUUCUGAAAUGUUUUUUUUUUCCCCCCACUCUUUGUCAGUGUCCGGGGGGUAAUAUCAUAUUAACCUCCUGCAGAAGCGUUAAUGUGUUGGUCAUAUGAUAAAACAGAAUUCCAGUGACAGGAACGUUUUCUUGUUGCUUGCACAAACUUGUUUAUUCUUACAUCACAGUCCUAGUAGUUAUUGUAUUAAUUCUGAUCAUGAGCUUCCUAGCGCAAGGCGGUGUCGGACAUGUUUAAUUUUGUGUAUUGCACAUGGUGUUGUUACUUGAUAAUUUCUUGUUAACCUAGUUUUCAAUUGUUGAGCGAUAUGGGGUGACUACAUCCAUAGCCUUUGACUAUAUCCAUGCUACUGUAAACCGAAAGGGCGACUGACCAGCUCUCAGCAUGUGCGUCUGGGCUAGAAGCCGCUGUUACUCAACUGGACUUGGAAAGCAUCUGUCUGUCUCUGUCACAGGUGUGAAUCUCACAAUCAUGUUGCCAUGUUUUCCUCCUCUACAAGACUCUUCUCGGCUUGUUCAUAGCUUCGACUACGGUACUUCACAUGAUGCUGUGAUGCUAAUUAGUUCUUGGGAAGCAGAUAUCUUUUGUUUCACAUUUUCAGAGUCAGGAUAGCCCUGUAGCAUUCUGUAAUUUAUUCUAGACUAGACACAAUGAGUCUGACAUACUGUAAUCGCCAUGUUCAUGUUAGUCCUGUCCUGCAUAUGUUUUGUCUCCACUACACACCCUGUGUGUUCUUCCAGAUACAGAGGAUCAUAGGUCCUUGGACAUGAACUUGAGGACACUGAAAACACAAGUGCUGCCUUUAGCUUGCAGAUGUUAGCGGGCAGUGACUGUCCGGAGAAGCUCCAGGUUAAGGUUGAGCAAUUUGUGGAAACAAGAAAACCUGCCUGGGUUUCUUUCCAAGUGAAAUAAGACUUGCUGUAGUGACGUAUUGCGAGAUGCUGAUCUCUCUCAGCCUAACAGUGCCCAGAGCAGCAGUUCAGAAAUGGCAAAAGAGAAGAUGUACUUGUAUUAAACUUUGCCGUUGACCUUGAAGCCACCUUUCGCCAGUUAAAAUGGAGAAGCCAGUGAACUACAAUUGCCUAUAAUCAUUUUGUCAUCACGAUGCCAACAUUUGUGCAGUGACUGAAACAGAGUGUUUUGUGCUUUGCUAUGGGAGGAAACCUUCAUUGGAUAUCCUGGAGUUGGGCCAAAUUCUGAGAAAUACCUUGAUGAUGAUGACGACGAUGAUGACUAAUCUCUGAUUUGGACGAAGUGUUUACAUAGCACAGUGUGCCAAAGUUAUUUACUGUUGGUUCAUUUGUCUCAGCAUAGUUCAAGUAUAGGACAGUGUCAUUGACUGAUGUGAUGAAGGACAUGCAACCCCACCAAAUCCCCUCCCCCAUUUACUUAGGCAUAAUAAUUUUGGGUAGUUUUUUAUUUUCUUUCUUAUUUUUGGUUCCUCUAAGUCUUGACGUUACAAUUAACGGCAAGGGAGACAUCAUGGGGUCAACAGUUGUACAAGUGUAUAUGUGUGUAUAUACAAAAUGUAUGUCCAUGCAUGUACAUAUAUACACAUACAGUUGCAGUUAAUAGUGAUUUGGUCAACUGUACAGCGCUUGUAUUUGUUCAUUGUUUUAUAGAUAUGGCAAAAGGUUUACUUUGAAUGAGGAAAAAAAAUUAACUUAAAUAAAACUUUAUAUAUAUAA